UGAAAUGGAUGUUACAUGAGUCGUUUUAAGGGAUGCAGACAGCUAUGAACGUUUCUGAAGCGUUUUUCUCAGUAAACUAGAUAAAGAUGGAUGAAUCUGCCUUGUUGGAUCUUCUGGAGUGUCCGGUGUGUCUAGAGCGGCUUGAUGCUUCUGCAAAAGUCUUGCCUUGUCAGCACACGUUUUGCAAACGAUGUUUGUUGGGGAUCGUUGGUUCCCGAAAUGAACUCAGAUGCCCUGAAUGCAGGACUCUUGUUGGCUCGGGUGUUGAGGAGCUUCCUAGUAACAUCCUGCUGGUCAGACUUCUGGAUGGCAUCAAACAGAGACCUUGGAAACCUGGCCCUGGUGGGGGCGGUGGGACAAACUGCACAAAUGCAUUAAGGGCUCAGAGCAGCACUGUGUGUAGCACAAAAGAUCUGCAGAACUCGCAAGGUGGACAGCAGCCGAGGGUCCAAGCCUGGAGUCCCCCGGUGAGGGGCAUACCUCAGUUACCAUGUGCCAAAGCAUUAUACAACUACGAAGGAAAAGAACCUGGAGACCUUAAAUUCAGCAAAGGUGACAUCAUCAUUUUGCGACGACAAGUCGAUGACAAUUGGUACCAUGGGGAAGUCAACGGGAUCCACGGCUUUUUCCCCACCAACUUUGUGCAGAUUAUUAAACCGUUACCUCAGCCCCCGCCUCAGUGCAAAGCACUUUAUGACUUUGAAGUGAAAGACAAGGAAGCUGACAAAGAUUGCCUUCCCUUUGCAAAGGAUGAUGUUCUGACUGUGAUCCGCAGAGUGGAUGAAAACUGGGCUGAAGGCAUGCUGGCAGACAAAAUCGGAAUAUUUCCAAUUUCAUAUGUUGAGUUUAACUCGGCAGCUAAGCAGCUGAUAGAAUGGGAUAAGCCCCCGGUUCCAGGGGUAGACGCUGGAGAGUGUACCUCAGCAGCAGCCCAGAGCAGCACUGCCCCAAAGCACUCGGACACCAAGAAGAACACCAAAAAGCGGCACUCCUUCACCUCCCUCACCAUGGCCAACAAAUCCUCCCAGGCGUCUCAGAACCGCCACUCCAUGGAGAUCAGCCCCCCUGUCCUCAUCAGCUCCAGCAACCCCACAGCUGCCGCUCGCAUUACUGAACUUUCUGGGCUUUCCUGCAGUGCCCCUUCUCAGGUUCAUAUAAGUACCACCGGGUUAAUUGUGACCCCACCCCCAAGCAGCCCAGUGACAACUGGCCCUACGUUUACUUUCCCAUCAGACGUCCCCUACCAAGCUGCCCUCGGAACCAUGAACCCGCCUCUCCCCCCACCGCCUCUCCUGGCUGCUGCUGUGGCCUCCACACCGCCAGGAGCUGCCGCAUCCGGAAUGGGACCGAGACCCGCUGCAGGGUCCACUGACCAGAUUGCACAUUUACGGCCCCAGACUCGCCCCAGUGUAUAUGUCGCUAUAUAUCCUUACACUCCCCGGAAAGAGGAUGAACUGGAGCUGAGAAAAGGGGAGAUGUUUUUAGUAUUUGAACGCUGCCAGGAUGGCUGGUUCAAAGGGACAUCAAUGCAUACCAGCAAGAUUGGGGUUUUCCCUGGCAAUUAUGUGGCACCAGUCACAAGGGCAGUGACAAAUGCUUCCCAAGCUAAAAUCCCCGUGUCUACUGCUGGCCAGACAAGUCGGGGGGUGACCAUGGUCAGUCCUUCCACAGCAGGAGCGCCUACCCAGAAGCUCCAGGGAAACGGUGUGGCCGGGAGUUCCAGUGUCGUCCCCACAGCUGUGGUGUCGGCAGCUCACAUCCAGACGAGUCCUCAGGCCAAGGCCUUGCUGCACAUGGCUGGGCAGAUGACCGUCAACCAGGCGCGCAAUGCUGUGAGGACAGUUGCAGCACACAACCAAGAACGUCCUACAGCAGCUGUGACGCCCAUCCAGGUGCAGAACGCUACCUGCCUGGGCCCCGCAUCUGUGGGCCUGCCCCACCAUCCCUUGGCCUCCCAGCAACUUCAGCCUUCAAUGGCAGGCCCCAGUGCCCAUGUUGCUGCCGUCAGUAUCAGCCGAGCCAGUGUGCCCCUGGCCUGUGCCGCAGCUGCUUCACUGACCUCCCCAGGCAUCACCACUGCUUCUCUGGAGGCCGAGCCCAGUGGCAGGACAGUGACCAUUCUCCCUGGACUUCCCACAUCUCCUGACAGUGUUUCAUCAGCUUGUGGGAGCAGCUCAGCCAUGAAACCAGACAAGGAUAGUAAGAAAGAAAAAAAGGGUUUGUUGAAGCUGCUUUCUGGAGCCUCCACCAAACGUAAGCCCCGAGUCUCCCCUCCAGCGUCGCCCACCCUGGAAAUGGAGCUGGGCCCCGCGGGCGAGUUGCCCCUGCAGGGAGCGGUGGGCCCCGAGCUGCCGCUAGGGGGCAGUCAUGGCCGAGCGGGCUCCUGCCCCGCGGACGGGGACGGCCCAGCGGUAGCGGCAGUGGCCGCCGCGACAGCACUGGCCCAGGACGCGCUUCAUCGGAAGACAAGCUCCCUGGACUCCGCUGUUCCUAUCGCGCCCCCUCCUCGUCAGCCGUGUUCUUCUCUGGGUCCUGUCAUGAGUGAGUCUCGGCCUGUUGUUUGUGAAAGGCACAGGGUGGUGGUUUCCUAUCCUCCUCAGAGUGAGGCAGAACUUGAACUUAAAGAAGGAGAUAUUGUGUUUGUUCAUAAAAAACGAGAAGAUGGCUGGUUCAAGGGCACAUUACAACGUAACGGGAAAACCGGCCUUUUCCCAGGAAGCUUUGUGGAAAACAUCUGAGGGGACUAACAUCAAGAAGGCGUGAAGUCACACCACACAACAAAACAGCACAAAUCUAUUUCACGGAAAGAGCACAUUUGUGGACUUCCAGGUGAUCAGGAGAUGAGCAAAAGAUUGGUGUGUGACUCCAGUGCCCCCCAACACAGUUACACCAGCGAACAGCGAAGAAGUUGUAUAUGUGGGCUUAUCACUCUGGAUUCUGAUGUGUAAGGUGUGCCUUGUACUGUCUGAUUGACUAUACAGAGAAAUCUUUGUUAUUGUUGUUGUCCUAAAGAUAUAUAGAAUGGACAAUUGUUUACAAGGCUUAACUAAUUUAUUUGCUUUUUUAAACUUGAAUUUUUCUUGUAAUAGAUAAAUUCUUUGGAUUAUGAUUUUAAGAAAUUAUUAAUUUAUGAAAUGAUAGCUAAGGAGAAGCUGGAUUCUCUCCUGUUGAGAGCAAGAGAUUCUUUUUGCAUAGAAUGCGUUACCCCCAUUCCCCUCCCCCCCCCGCAGUGUUAUAUUUUGCUUCUUUAAGACGGAAAUGCCAGUGUUCUAAUUUGUUUUUCCUCUCUAAAUAAUAAACAUACCCCAAGAAAUGUAAUAUUCUUGGGAAAUCAAAACAUACAACUGAAUCAGUAUCAAUAAGAGCCUGGGGAUGGGGAGACACAAACUUGACAGAAGAGAAGUUAGUGGUUCCCUGUCUUUCUGGUUCAGUCAGGAAUCGCUCCGUAAGAUUUAGUCCUCGAUUUAAUUUUGUGAGUUUUUAAUUUUCAUAGACUGAAGUCAGUGAAGUGAUAAAGACGACUAGAUAAAGCACAACCCUUGAAUAAAAAUACUCAGAAAUAUAGUUUUAUAACAGAAACAGCGCAGUUCAUUGGUUGGAAAUUAGGGAAAAUUGAAGUUGUCGUGCUCACUUGUCUGAGAAUGGCUAUGAAAUGUUAUCUCCCAUCUUACCCCCAGUGACCUGCAUGCCCAGACACGAUAAAACAUUUGUCAGAUAGUGGUGGUAAGUGAUGCACUCGUGUUAAGGUCCAAGACUGUGCGAAACACUGUGAAAAGUUUACAUUCAUCCGUUGUGAUUCUCUUCCACCAUCUUGCAUAUAUGACUGGAUUCCGACAAUAAUGUAGACUGCGCAUGGUGUGUCUACUUCAUUGCAGUUUCCGGUUGAGCUUAGUUCACACCCAGGAUUGACCAUUACAGGAGGUGUAAAAUAAAUAGUACGGUCUUACCCACCCCAAAGCCACUGUAGACCAACGUCUCUGAGUGCACUCACUCCCUCUCUGGUCUUAGGCAUACAUUGGCCAUUACACAAGUCAUUAGAGAAAGUGGUCUUUUAUGUCCUCUCAGCUGACAGACAUAAAGGCUGAGUUUACCCAGGACACUGCUCCUGUGACUGUACGGUUGCAGCACGGAGAGUCAGUGUGCCCACAUCUUACACUUGUGGCAGGAUCCAGCUGAGCAUAUCUUUUUAUAUCCAUUCUUUGAUGUUGUUGGCCUCAUCCGCCACUUUCCUUUGUGGUGCCACGCGGCCAUGGGUUUGGGUAGUCCUAACAGCAAAAGGAGGGAAAGCAGCCUGGUAGCGAAAGAGAUUGUUGCCACAGUUUUCCCAUGGGGGAAAAAAAUAAUAAAACCUUUUCAUUUUUUUACUUUUAAGAAUUACAACUGAGAAAUAGAAACAUAAACUGAAAGGUCUUCUUGCCGUAGCAAGAGGUUUCAUGGUCUUAACAAGAUAUGCGGUUAAAAAUGAAAUCAUUCCGAAAGAAACCAUUUGUUUUUGUUUUACAAAAACUGUACAUUGUGUUCCUGUGUGUUGAAUUUAAAAAAACAAAAAAAAAACUCAGACAUUGAUGUAAUAUAUAAAGGUUUGGUGAGAUGAACUUUAGUUAGGAAAAAGCUGGCAGCAGCUUUCAUCUGUGUAAGUUGACACCAAUGUGUCAUAAUAUUCUUUAUUUUGGUAAACUAGUGUAUUUUAUAAAAAGUAAAAAGACUACUACAGGUUAAGAUAAUUUUUUACCUGUCUUUUCCCCAUAUCUUAAGCUAUGUGAUUGAAGUACCUCUGUUAAUAGUUUUCUGGUGUAAAGUCGGUUAAAAUUUCAUCUGUUAAUAGAUCAAUAGGUAAUACAAUGUAUGGGUUUUCUAUUGGUUUUUUGGAGGCAGUAGAUGGAGAUUUUGUAACAAGGGUUUGUUACACAGCGAUACAGUAAUGAUAAAAUUGCAGUUUAUCAUGCCUUUUCAUGUUAAUAAUUUGAGGACUGGGUAAAAGGUUCAAGAUUAAAAUUUGAUGUUCAACCUCUAUGUGUCCCUUGUGUCAAUCCUUAAAAUUUUGCUUUAAAAAAACAAACCAACUUGGGGACAUUCGAAUUAGUUUCUAUUUCAUUGUAUUAUUCAUUUCUGUAAAGAGAACUCUUCAUAUACCUCAAACAGAAGACGUCUACAAGAAUCAGGUUGGUAGUUACGAUGCAUUAUAUCUUUACAACUAACAAAGCUUAUUUGCCUAGUUUCCCAAGAAUCUCAAAGUCUUUUUUUUAAAGUUUAUGGAGUCUCACAAGGUACAGUAUAACACUUCAGAGUUACAAAUACAGCCUGGCAAUGGUUGGAGAUUGCACUUUAGCCAGAGAAGGAGUACCAGACCUAUAUCUGGUACUCUCUGUAUGGCUAAAUAGAGACCAUAGGAUAACCCCCAGAUCUCUGCAAGCCUUGGGAACAUAAUCUUUAGACUCACCAUGAUUAUAACGCUUCCAUGAAAGGCCAACAAACCUUAACUUC